UGUGUCCUCUGGCCGUGGCACAGCGACGAGGACAGCUAGCGAGCCGUCUUCCACCUCUGGUGAUCGAGUGCGUGAUAACUGACAAUAUGGGGCAGGGACAAUCCAAGUCCGAGGUCUUGAGGGAGAAGACUCGGCUGGAGAGUCAAUUGGCGGACGCGAGAAGAGAGGCUCGGGAGUUCUCGAGCCAGGUCUCCUCGCUGGAGUCCAGGGUGCGUGACAUGGCGCGCAGGAACGCCGAGCUGUCAGCUGACAAGAGCAAGCUGGAGAAGAAGCUGGAGGAGAGGACCAAGGCCGCUCAGGUGUUCACAAACCAGGCCUCCACGAUGGAGUUCAGGGUGCAGGAGCUUCAGCGCAAGAUCACCGAGCUGUCCGGUGAGAAGGGUAGACUGGAGAAGAAGCUGGAGGAGAAUGCGAAGACCGGCCAUGCCCUCUCAAGCCAUGUCGCCGCAAUGGAGCACCGGGUGAGGGAGCUGGAGCGCAAGAUCGACGAGCUGUCCGGCGAGAAGGGUAAGCUCGAGAAGAAGCUGGAGGAGAAGAUGAAGGCCGCUCAGGUGCUAUCAAGCCAGGUGUCCACAAUGGAGGAUAGGGUGAGGGAGCUGGGGCUCAGAAACACCAAACUGGCCGGCGACAAGGGUAGAGUGGAGAAGAAGCUGGACGAGAAGACGAAGACCGCCCGUGCGCUCUCAAGCCAGGUCGCCACCAUGGAGCACAGGAUGCAGGAGCUGGAGCGCGAACACGCCGAGCAAUCCGGUGAGCUAGUGAAGCAACUGGAGGACGUGAGGAAGGCUGGUCUGGUGUUCAUGGACGCUGCGGAUUCAUACCAAGAAGUAGCGGAGAAGCGACUUAAGGCGAAGGAGGAUGAGUUGGACUAUACGAGGAAGGCAGGUCUGGCGUUCAUGAGCGCUGCGGAUUCAUACGAAGAAGUAGCAGAGAAGAAGAUCAAGGUGAGGGAGAUGAAAUUGGAGGACACGAGGAAGGCAGCUAUGAUGAUCAUGGAUGCUGCUGAUUCAUACCAAGAACAAGCAGAGAAGCAGAUUAAAGCUAAGGAGGAGGAAUUGGAGGGCACGAGGAAGGCAGGUCUUCUGUUUAUGAAUGCUGCUGAUACGUACCAAGAAGAAGCAGAGAAGCAGAUUAAAGCAAAGGUGGAGGAAUUGAAGAGCACAAGGAAAGCAGGUCUAUUGUUCAUGGAUGCUGCUGAUGCAUACCAAGAAGCAGCGGAGAAGCAAAUUAAGGCAAAGGUGGAGGAAUUGAGUGUGCUAGGAGCCCAGAAGGCAGAGAUGGAUGAGAGGGUAGGAUCUUUGGAGUUGGAGCUCAAGGUUGCUCUAGCUAAGAAUCAGGAAUUGGAGGCUGAUAUCAUGGCGAAGAAGAGGGAAUAUGAUUUGGUAAAGAUUGAAAAUGUUAAGCUUCUAUCGGAGGUUCUGACCAUCGAGGAAAAACAUGUCUUGUCUAAACCAGAGGUUGAGAGGCUCAAGAUGUGUUGACCGCUAAAAUUGGCAAAUACCGAGUCCGACCAAUCUGACCGGUCGGGCCGACCAGUCUAACUAAUCGGGCCUAUGUAAUCCGAGUGGGUUUAGAUCUGUAAUUAAGAUUCUUUAUUAUAACCGACUCGUGAAGGGGUAAGACUUCUCCGGCCUAUAUAUAUGAAGGCUAAGCCCAAUUGAGGGUUAAAAACAAUCGAACCAACACAUUUAUCAUUUACUUUUUAUUUCUCAAA